CAUGAGAGUGUGCUGGGGGCCACGCUCUCACUCUCAGUGACUGUGGUGGAUCGCGCGGCACGGCAUGCGUCUUCGGGAGCGUCCAGCGGGACACGGGUGCUUCUAAAUAACUUUGCGUCCGGGGAGUUUUUUUUUUUUUCAAGGGGAGGGGGCAGCCAGGAUGGGAACCGUGACCAGGGCAGCCCAGCACAAACAGACGCUCCUGUGGUUCAUUGUGGUGACUCAGUGUGUGAGCGCACUGGGCUGCGGACCCCAUUACGAGUACGCCAUUGAAGAGUUCUGCUUGGCCAAAUUCAGACUGGACAUGCAAGAACUGGACCAGGGACACUGGUGCAGCUGGGAGGACACCGUCGAGCUCUACGGCGAGCUGACCAACUGCACCUUUCUGGUGGCGCUGAAGAUGGACUGCUUCUGGCCCAACCUGCUGGUGGACGACUUCUUCAUCCAGGUGCACAAGACCUACUUCCACAAUUGCUCGCUGUCGGGCCGGCUGCUCAGGGACCCCCCUAACCGCAUCCUGGGGCCCUUCAUCGCCAUGCCCAUUCUGGUCACCCUGCUCAUGACUGCCCUAGUGGUGUGGAGGAGCAAGCGCAGCGAGGGCAUCGUGUAGGGGAGCGCUUUUCUCCAGGGAGGAACCUCGGACAUUAAAAACUCUUCUGGGAUGAAUCUCGCAGCUAUUUAUAUGACCUCCAAACUCCUUGUACAGCAGACCGGUACCGGUUUGAAGCAGCAACUGGACUUUCCCAGACUUUAUUUGGGAAGCCAAGGCAUAUUUUACAUGAGAAGAAUCUCCCGCCACCAAACAGUGCACGAAAUUGUCAUCUCAUCCUAAAUGACUUGCAAAAAUGCUAAGCCUGUUCAUCGUUUCCGACGAGAAGAGUUUUCUAACUCGCAAACUUGCUCCCAGAUAAGCUAACAGCUUUUAUUUCUUCUUCUACUGCAGCAGUCUGGAUGCCGUGUCCAUAGUGCCUCUCACAUGUCAGUCUUGGUACUGCAAAAUAUCUGAAGUUUGGCGGCGGAGAUUCCUUGGAGAUAUGCUCGCUCGUAUGUUGUCUGCUGUAGUGAGUUUUAAAAGGACCCCAUCUCCAGAUAUUUCUGUCGAUGAAUCGCAAAACAUUUUCCCGUUCUGUUGGUUUGUACUACUUGGAGAGUGGUCGUCCUCCUCCUCCUUACUUGUCCAAGUGAAUUUGUGAAAUGUCUGAAGAAUUCAAAGAAGAAAGCUCCAAAGGAAGAUCAAGUUCUGCUAAGCGCUGCCGAUGCCUCAAGCGAAGCUUUUGGAUGGCAGACCUGAGCUCGGGAUUGAUUUCUGAUCUGAGUGUUCCUCAUUGAUAUUUUUGAAUGCUUUCUUUCCUCUUAAGGGAGCCUGAGCUCUAACCUGCUUCUCUGAAGAAAAAAAAAACCACACACGCUCCCACUUUGUAUUUUGUGCCAAAGCCUCUCGGAGAAGCGAGGGCGGCAUUUGCGAUGGAAAAAAAAAAAAAUGUUUGUCCUCAAAUGAUUCCACUGUACCAAAAGACCAGAAAGAAAGCCUUUAAUAAAGUGACUUGAUGUGCGUCA